GUCCUGUCCCCCUCCCCAUCGCAUCCCCUCGCCGAAGAGGUUACCCCGCCGGCCGAAUCUGCUGUAGAUGCCCUGCCAGAAUCAUCCGAACCCAUCUCACCACCAAAGGCUGCCGAAGAUACCCCUUCGGAAGAGCAACCGGCGGAAAGCCCUCCGCAAGAGGAAGAAGCACCUGCUGAGCAUCCGUUACCAGAACCGCCAGCAGACCCUCUAACUGUCGAUGAGGCCGACGAGAGUUCUGAGCCGGAGGAUACUACGAAGCCAACGAACGUGGAUGCACUGCAAGAGCGUCUCAAGAAGGUCGAACAGAGGUUCUCUGACGUAUCCGCCUCCUUCAAGCGCUUGCAAGCUGAGAAGGCUGCCGCCGAUGCGGUCCUGCGCGACAUCACGCCUCUCGAGUCCAUCAGUGAUGCAGAGGCUUUCCGCGCCCACCUCAAGAACCUGUCUUUCAAGGCAGAAGUCGCUCAGGACGAGAUUAAGCGCCUCAGCACAAAGCUGCAAAGAGGAGCGAAUAGAGGAGCUUCGUGACACUCACCGCCUCGAGUCCUCGUCACAAUCUGAGCAAAUUGACCGGCUCAAGCGCCAGUUAGAAGAGGCCGAAGCCCUUGUCAAAGCCUCCCAGUCCUCCAUCUCACAGGGCGAAUCCACCGUCGCCGCGCACAAGGCCGAGAUCGACAAGCUCAAAGCUGACGUCGCAAAGGCGAACGGUCUGGUGAAGGAAGAGGAGGAGAAACGCGUCAAGGCCAUUUCUCUACUGAAAUCCGUGCGCCAGAAGCUCGUCAAGGCGGAAAAGGACCGCGAGGAGGCCGCCGCGCAGACGCAGAAAGAGGCCGCCGAGCGAUCGCGGUUGCAAAAGGAGCUCGAGGCCGCCAACACCGAGCGCGAGAAGGCCGUCGCGGGCCUCAAGGCACAAUUCGACAAGGAGACCGCCGCCCUGCGCGAGCGCUUCGAGCGCGACACCGCCGCCCUCCGCUCCCAAUUCGAGCUCGACGCGAUCAACGCCCAGGCCGGUCACAACGCCGAGCUCGCAGCCAAGAACGGGCAGAUCGCCGCGCUCGAGGGGUCGGUGCAGGCGCUGAGCCGGGACAAGAACGCGUUCUUCGAGCAGGCUGAGCUAAGGCAGGCGGAGCUGGAGUCGUCGCAGACCGCGCUCGAGGCGCUGCGGUCGCAGAACACGGAGCUCGAGUACCAGAUCCGCGAGCUGCAGGACAGGCUGGCGCUCGCGGCGGAGGAGGUUGCGUCGUCGCCGGGGCCGACGAUUCCGACGAUCGCUGUCGCGCCGUUGGCGUCGCUGCCGCCGGCGUCGGAUCUGUCGGUGAGGCUGGAGGCGAAGGUGACGGAUCUGACGAGGGCGGUGGAGAUGCUGGAAAGGGAACGGAGUGAGAGCGAGGCGCAGUGGAGUAGGAAGUUGCGCGAGAAGACAGCGGAGGUUGAGUCGCUUCGGGGCACGCUGGGCGGCGCGGCGGAGGUCAAGGCGCGCGGGGAGGCGGAGGCGGCGGAGCUGCGUGCUGUCGUGGAGAAGUUGAAGGAGGAGGGCAAGGCGCUGAGGGCGCAGGUCAAGGACUUGCAGGAGGUGAUUGCAAAGAGGGAUGAGCUGGAGGGUGCGUCCAGGGCGCAGGAAGAGGAGGUAGCGGCGAGGAUAUCGUUCUUGGAGCGGACAGUGGAGGAGGGCAAGGCGAGAGAGGCGCAGCUGAGGGCGAACAACAAGACCUUACGAGAAGAACUUCGCAAGGUGCAGUCCUCUGCCGCACUACUCGAGAAGCAGCGGAAUCCCGGCGUCGGGUACUGGCAACGGUCAUCCGAGAACGGCUCGCGCACAUCCAUGUCCUCCGAGAACGGCUCCCGACCAGCAUCGCCAGCGCCGACAGCGAAGCAAUCCUCGUCAUCGGAUGAAGAGGUCAAUUUGGAGUACUUGCGGAAUGUGAUCUUGCAGUUCCUCGAGCACAAGGAGAUGCGGCCUCAUCUCGUAAAGGUGCUCUCCAUCAUUUUGCACUUCACGCCGCAGGAAACGAGGCGGCUCAUGGCCAAGGUCUAGCGGCUUUCCUUCUCUCUUCUGUUCUUGGGAUCUUCGUGUAUACUAGCCCUCUAAUUAUUGACGCACCGCACUCUACCUGGAUGAUAAUAGAACUCCUUUCAACCUCCGGCAAGACGACUCUUCGGUUCGGGCAGCAUGCAACCGCUGCAAUA